AUGUCAAGCUCGCAAGGAACCCUGAGCGCCGUCACAGACGAGCGCAAAGCGCGCCUGGCGAAGCUCAAGAACCUGAAGAGAAAACAACCAACAGACGAGGUCGUCCCGCCCGAGUCAGAACGCGCAGCCUCGCCCCCAGCAGAGCCAGAUGUAUCGAGAUUGCACCUAUCCGGUCGAAACUACGACCCCGAAGCACGAGGACCCAAACUCGGGUUUGAGGCGCCUCCGACACAAAAUUUGGAACAGCCCACGCUCGAGGAGCUUGCAGCAGAUAUCGAGGCCGACGUCAGGAAAAAGGCUGCCGAGGAAUCGCAAGACGACAAGGGCAUUGACCUGUUCAAGCUCCAACCGAAAAAGCCGAACUGGGACUUGAAAAGGGAUUUGGAGAAGAAGCUAGAGAUCCUCAACGUGCGGACGGACAAUGCAAUCGCGAAGCUUGUGAGGGAGCGCAUUACGGGGGCACAGAAUGCGGCAACACAGGCCAAGCAGGUCGACUCAGGGAGCAGAGAGGGCGACGCGGCUGGGAUGGAUGGCAUCGCGCUAGUCGAAGGAGUCCGCGUCCGCGAGAGGGAAGAAGAAGAGGACGAAAGACGACAGAAGGAAGAGGAUGACGAUUUGGCUGUUUAG